UUCACCAAUUCACCCUCUCUCUCUCUCUCUAUCUCUCUCUCUCUGACUAUAUUCAUGGAGGCCUACCCGACACUGUUUGGAUCGAGUUCUUCGUCGCCGUUAAGGUUGUCGCCUCAUUUGUCGCUGGCGAGCAUGGGAAAUCACGAGUACAUCAAGGAUGAUGCGGCACAGGGCGAUCUGCAGUUUCAUGGAGCUGCAAAAGGAAUGAAGGGGUUGUUGGAGCAGUUGAAACGCACGGAGACGGCUCCUACGUCGGACAUGAAAAGCCAUGGUUCCAGCAUUAGUACUAACAGUUUGGCGGCGGAGAGUGAGGCGAAAUCAUCAUCGGGUUACAAGAUCAAGAAGGGAGAGAAGAAGAUAAGGAAGCCUAGGUAUGCGUUCCAAACCAGGAGCCAAGUGGAUAUUCUCGACGAUGGUUAUCGGUGGAGGAAAUAUGGACAGAAGUCUGUCAAGAACAACAAAUUCCCAAGGAGCUACUAUAAGUGCACGCAUCAAGGGUGUAACGUGAAGAAGCAGGUUCAGAGGCUGUCUAAGGAUGAAACCGUUGUCGUGACAACCUACGAAGGCAUGCAUUCUCAUCCAAUUGAGAAGUCCACUGAUAACUUCGAACACAUUCUCAGUCAGAUGCAAAUCUAUGCCUCCUUUUGAUUUAAUCCUUUCUUUGCUAGCUUAUUUCAUUCAAUCCUUUUUCUUUCUUCUUUUUACUUAGUUUCAAAUGGCUGUAUAUUAUAUUGCUUCCGAUUACUUGAACUGUCUCCAUGCUAAUAAUCUAUAUUUAUAAAGCCAAACCCUAAACUAAAGUUUGUCUUAUUAAUUAACAUUGAUUACAAUAAAAGUGUUCAAUGGUUGUUGUUGUUGUUGUUA